AGUGUUCUUUUGUCCUACUCCCUGUAUUGAAGGAGUACCAGCUCUUGUAAAUGCAUAUUGAAAAGAAUUAUUCCCUCGUCUCCAUUGAAACUUCUCUGUUAACAGUACUAGUAAGACUGUGUCUUAAGAACUAAUUUCUGGUUUAAAAUGUAACAAGGGAUAUUUGAGGAAUAUUGAAGAUCAAAUUACAAAAGCAGGAGUCUGAAUAUGCAAUUCCUUUGUAUUAGUGAUUACUGUAAUAUAAUGCAUUCUUAUAUAGUAAUGCACUAUAUUUUAUUAUACCAUAAUAUGUCAUAUAAUCUUAUAAAAUUACAUUGUAUUUGGUUUAAUAAUAGUAUAUUUUAUAAUCUAUAAACACAUACUGUGCUAUUCAUCAUAUUGCACCUAAUAAUUAUGUAAAUAAUAUUGUUACAGAUUCCCCCCCCCCAAUGUAUUACAGUAUUUACAAUUAUUUUUAUUUUCUCUUUGCAGGAAGUUCAAGAAAAAGCCUCUGUUUUUAAUAUGCAGUUGGACUUAACUGGGGCAAUUCCCAGCCUUAUAGUUGCCUUUGUCAUUGUAGCUAAUGGGGAUCGCCAGGGACACAAAAGGUCUUUAGUUUUACCAUCAGUGGGAGCAUUGAUUGCUGAUAUUAGCCUCACUGCAAUAUCAUAUUUUUCCUUGUCACUCUCUGUCCUAUUUGCAGUUGCAUUUGUUACUGGACUGUUUGGGAGUAUAGCAACUUUCCUUGGAGGAGGCUUUGCUUUUAUAGCAGAUGGUUGUCAUGAUGAGAACCAGAAAACAACACGAAUAGCUGUAGUGGAUUUGAUUUUUGGAAUUGUAUCGGGAUUGGCAGGACUCUCAUCUGGCUACUUUCUAAGAGGAAUAGGCUUUACAUGGACAUUUGUGACAGCAUCUCUGCUUCAUGUCAUUAAUAUCAUCUAUAUUAUAUUUUUUCUGGAAGAUACCAUAGGUGUAUCUGAAUUCCAGCACAAGGUACCAGUAUCCUAUAAAGAACUUCUUAGGGAGACAUUUUCUGGAGUGUACAUGCUCUUUAAAACUGCCCCUUAUAAAAAGAGAAUUUUAAUAAUUGUGUUACUUUUUGCAUUUAUGACUUAUAUGUUUACUAUGCUUGGUGGGAGUUCGCUUUUUACACUGUAUGAACUGGAUGAGCCACUCUGCUGGAAUGAAGUAUACAUUGGAUAUGGAGCAGCUGCAUUCACUUCUGUCUCUCUGACCAGUUUUUUAGGAGUUUACUUAUUUUCUAAAUGUCUCAAAGACAUUUAUAUUGUCUUUAUUGGGAUAUUUUCUUACAUUGGAGGAAUGAUCAUGGCUGCCUUUGCCAAAACUACCCUGCUCAUGUUUUUAGUGAGAGUGCCAUCUUUGUUCUGCUUUAUGCCUAUUCCUGUUCUCCGAUCCAUGCUGUCAAAAGUGGUUCUCACUGGUGAACAGGGUGCUGUGUUUGCUUGUAUUGCCUGUUUAGAAGUUGUGACCGGCAGUGUUUCAAUUUCAGUUUUUAAUAUUCUGUAUGCAACUACUGUUGCAUGGUUUUCAGGCUUUAGCUUCCUCCUAUCGGCAGGUCUUUGUCUAAUUCCACUGACUGUCCUGUGCUGGCUUCUGUGCACAAGCUGGAAUGGGGAGGACUUGGCUCUGCUGGUACCUGAAGAAGUAUCCAGCAUAGAGAGUGCUGAUAGUUGAACAAAGGAUCCACGUACCUGGGAUUUCUAAUCUCACAUGCAGUGGCAGAGACCAUUAUGUCAUACAGAGACCAUAGAGAUAACACAACACAAUCUCCAAGUGGCCCUGCAGCAAUAAGCACUAAAUUGGUAGCACUCUAUACCCAGUCUUUCAGCACUUGACUAAAGCUAGCUCUUAACUAUGCAAAUAGGCAGGCAGUUGAGAUUGUAAUGCUGCUUUCAGCAUGAAGAAAAAAAUUAGGUAGGGUGAUACUCCUUCCACUUACCCUUUCUCAAGUUUGAGAAUGUUAGGUAUGGAUUGUGAUACAUCUUGUAUCAUUCUAAAUGGGGUGACAGAGAUAAGUUAUUAACUCAGAGGGUGCUGGCAAUUCUGCUGAAGCCAUUGGAGCUUGUGCCAGAUGAGGAUGUGGUCCACUGUGUACAUCUUUAAAGUCCUGUCUUAAUGAUGGAGCCCCCAAACCUUUCUAAAAUUACUAAAAAAGUAUUUUUUUCAGAAAGCAACCAACCUGGAGGCAGUAUUUAACAUCUGCUGUAAGCAGACUUACUGCUCUGCAGCUAGCAGAGAGUGUUUGUGUAAGUAUAAUGUAUGAUGUGUGGACCUUGCCUGUGAUUUAGUUCUUAAAAUGGAUUUUUACACAGAACUUUCAGGAAAUUUCCAGCUUGCAGAGUGUGAAGUUCAGCCUGUGCCUACAUUUUGCAGAGGCUAUAUUGCACAUUUAUAAUUUUCCAUAUAUUAGGGACUGUGUACAGACAUAUCUGUUUUUUGUCCCAGAGAUAUUUCUUAUUUUCUAGUUAAGUUGGUACUUGGUUUAAAUGUUUCUUUUAGUGAAAGGCUGUAAUAGCAUUUCUUAUCAGUGGAUCUUUAUUUUCUUCACAACCCUGAAACGAGGUGACCAAAUUUGAAUCAUGAAUCUAAUCAUCUUGCAACAAAUACAGCAUAAUUAUAUGAGCACUUGAAGAACAUUUCUCAUCUUCAGAGCACUUUACAAAUGCUAUUAAGAACAUCCUUCCAUAAUAGAUAUUCUCUUUCCUCUUGAAUAGGGAGAGAAAUUAACAGAGAGGACAAGUGACAUGCCCAAGGUCACAGUGCAAACUGGUGAGACUGCCAAACCUAGGAAUCAGUUUCAGCUUUGACUCCUCACCUUUUCCCUUGAGAUCUUUAAGCAGAAAUUAUUCUGAGUACUAGCUUCUGGAGUGCACAGUGGAAGUGAAAAUAUAACACCAUGUUAGAGACCACUCCCAUAUGUUGAUUUUUUUAAGAGUUCGACAGCCAAUACUGUUCUGAUCUCUGAAAGUUGUGUGUGACUUGUCCCCCAAAACAGAUUAGACAGAGAAGUCAAAAUCAUGGAAAGUGGCUGACAUUUAGAGAAGAAAACCUCUAGGAAAGCAACUACGAUGUGGGAACUCACUUGCACACAGCAUAGGAUAAAAAUGCACAGACAUAGUAUGUGCUGUAUAACUGAUGACCUGCUUACAGCCACUGAUACCCAUCACAUGCACAGAGAACUCCUGCAGAACUUUUCAGUGGUACUCCACCAAGAAAUAGUAGUACCGCAUCAUGAUGAUACUGUUGUAGAUCCUUCAUAAUUGAACAGCUGCAUCAUUUACAAGUUAUAUAUUGUGCUCACUGAGGUUUGAAAGAGGGUUCAAAUAAGGUAAAGGAGAGCUUACACUAUUCAGGAGACCACUGCCUGCUCAUCACAGGUGAAAACAGUACUAUUUAUCCAGGGCAGGGGGAACAAGUAUUUACACAGCUAACAGCUAUAGCCAGCUCUUACACUUCUGUCCUGAACUACGGAGGCUGAUGUUAGCAAUUAAAGAUCAUUAGCUUUUCCUCGGUAGUUUAGAAACAAGCCAGAAAAUAAAACUGCUUAACUCUCCUCCUUUGAAGUGCCCAAGUUGCUGCCAACUUGUGGGCCGAGUUCUACAAGUGGGUCCAGAACAUAAUGAGUACUUGUAGAGAGAUUAAGAAAACACUGAUGUAAAGGAUUUCAGCACAAAGAUUACAUUGUCUUCCUCCCCUCUUCAUUAUGCAGUUAUGUAAGGCUUUAUGAAAUUAACUAUUUCACAGAAAACUGCCGGGGGAAAAAAAAGGCAAAUGAAGAAGGGGCGUGUGCCUUCACUUCCUCUUCUUUGGUGCACACCUCCGGUAGCACUGAGAAGGCAGCAACAAAGCAAGCCAGUUCCAUAGUGGUGGUGUGUUGGUCCAACUGAGAACAAGCACGUACGCUCCAGGAAUGGCUUUGUUAUGGUUUGCUUUUACUGUACAAAGUACGUGCUGUUUGCAAAGUAUUUCUGGUAGAUGCAGCAUUUAGAACUGGCUGUAAAUUUAGGUCAAACCACCAAGGAUAUGAACGGUGUUAAAAUGCCCAGCCUGGUGCAGGCUGAGGAACCCAAGUACUAAUAUGCUUCAGAUUAAUAAAUCAAAAUCUCAGUUUAUAAUAAUUGCUUUAUUUGUGUAUAAUGCAAAUGAUUUUGAUAUAAAUUAAUAAUGAAGGGGUUUUUUUUUUAACUCUGUUGCAUUUGUAGUUCUUGCACUUUUUAAAAUUUUGACAAAUGGCCAAUGGCAUGACUGGUAGGAGAAUGUGUAAACAGAAGAAGCAGCACUAUGGUAUCAUCUAUUUUUUGUGACCAUAACAAACAAACAGCAGAGCAGGAAGAUGUGCUUUUACCUCCCUCUUGUGCCUGGGGAGAGGAAAAAAAUGCUGCUGAGAACAUCAGUACCAAGAGAAGGCAGGGAACUGCAGAGCAGGGACAGCAUGCCAUGUGGAAGAAGUCAGGGUGGGGGCCUCUGUUGCACCUGCCAGAGCAGUGGAUCUGGAAGCGUUUUCUUUCCUGUGCUCUGUCAGAGUCUGUCCCAGCUCCACUGCCAAGGCGUGGCACGCCUCUCGGGGUUGCUACGUGCAGUAUCUGCUUUACAGAAUGAGGCUUAUAUGAAAUGGGGAGAAUGGGCUGGGGCAGAAAGCCCAGUCCCCAGCCCAACCCCCUGCAGCACUGUCUGAGCAUAACCCUUCCUCUUUAUCUCAAAAGCUCUUUGCCUCAGUCCUGUUUGACUCCCAGUACUUUUAUUAACAGCAUAAAUUCUUGUACAGGCCUCUUACAUAUACUAUUUGCUUCCCAGCCUGGCUAAACCCCUAAGAUUAGCUUCCUUACAUACAUAAUGAACAAUGCACCUUCCUGCCUCUGAACAUGGCUUGAUCUCACCCAGGAUUAUUACAAAGUAUACUAAUUGUUAAACAAAACAAAACCACCUAGAAAUUACAUGCAGCCUCCUAGUCUGCAUCUGGUUCUUCACUGCACUAAUGAGAAACUCUACUGUAAUUACUCGUCUUAAUGUAGUUUUGCUCAGAUGCAAUAGCAUCCAUCUUCCAACACUAGGAAAGGCCAACCAGCUCAAUACACUGAAGUAGGGAGCUGUGAAAUACCAGUAAUUGUACAACUAUUGGCUCCCUGUUUCCUGGAACAGUGCUGGUAGGAAGGCAGACCUUAAAAUCCUCCUGAAAAUCCAUGCCCACACCAUAAAUUGUCCCAGACCUGGCAAGGUAAUCCCUCAGACUUUCUGGCCUAAGCCUUGAACAGUACAGUCUUAUCAGCCCACAAAGGGACCAGGACAGCUAUGGACAACAAAAAUGGGAGUAGAUCUAUGCUUGCAUGUUCAAUUCAUUGGUCCUAUGUUUAACCUCCCUAAGGUAAAAUAAACUCCAAACGAAAUUGCUUGUACUGCAUAGCAGAAGCCUCUAAUCUCUGCAAGUCUCAAGUGAAAAACAAUUUUAGAAGCUUCGCUUCUUAAAUGAAACAAGUUUAAAUAUAAAACCAAAUAAAACCACCAAUAAAGUGUCUCCUACUGUAAUCUUAAUGUUUCUAAUUUGCUGCAAUGUUUUGCACAUAAAAGCACUAUAAACUUUACAGGACAAAAGCUAGAAGCUUUCGCCCACAUAGAUAGGGAAUUUGUAGCAGCUAUAAGCCCACGGAAAAGCACAAGAGAUAUUUGCAAUAGUGAACAGAGGUUUAUAGCAACAUUUUUGCUAAAAUUAUCAACAACAGAACACCAAGAGCACUUAGAAAUUUAACUAAGUCAUUAAAACUUGCUGAAUAAAGAGUUCCAGUCUUAGAAAUAUUGUUUCAAGCUCCCCACAUAUGCCAAAAGAUAACAUUUUUUGAACUGCAGACUUUUUUUCUAAUAUGCCACAUACUAGCUGCCUUGCAGGAUUUAUAUAUGACAUAUGCACAUGUAUGACAUUAAAAAUAAUUGUUACAACCUGAAUUUAAUAAAUAAAGAAAACUUCAGCAGACAAAAACCCUCUCAGUGGUCUGCUCCUUUAAAAGAUGUAUUUAAGUAUCGAUCUCUCAUUCUCCCUUAAUUAAGACUUGAUUUCUGUAAACAUACAAAAAAUUUAUUUGUACCACUUCAUGUUCUUACUGCAGCAGCUUUAUUAGGCACUUUCA